AUGCCAUCCAUUGAUCCUGAAAGAGGGGCAUCCACAGUUUCCUCAUCUAUUAGUUUGGUCAAGACCAUUAUCGGUGCCGGUUUACUUUCCAUGCCAUUGGCCUAUUCUACAGAUGGGAUCAUAUUUGGUACAUUUAUCAUUUUACUCGCAGCAGCUACUUCUGGAUAUGGACUUUUCUUACAAUGUUAUGUCAGUAGAUACGUACCGCCACAACACGCCACAUUUUUUAACUUGUGUUCAAUAACUUAUCCUCAUUUAUCAGUAGUGUUUGAUUUAGCUAUUGCUGUUCAAUGCUUUGGUUGUGCUAUUUCAUAUCUUGUUUUGAUCCGUGACUUGAUGCCAACCAUCAUACCAUAUGUCCCAUACAUUGACGAAUCGCAUUACAAAACAUUCUGGUUGAUUGUGUCCACAUUAUUGACUGUUCCCUUGUCAUUCUUGAAAAAUUUGGAUUCAUUGAAAUAUACCUCGAUCUUGGCUCUUGUUGCUAUUUUCUACAUGGCCUUGUUGGUUGUUAGUCAUUACUUUGUCGGUGAUAUUGAAAGAAAAGGUGAAAUCACCCUUUUCCCAACUAGUGCCACUGGAGUAUUUAGUACAUUUUCCAUCAUUGUAUUUGCAUUCACUGGUCAUCAAAAUAUGUUUUCAAUUAUUAAUGAAGCAAGAGAUAAGUCAUUAACUAGUCUUACAAAAUUGGUCAAUUUCGCUAUCCUUGUAUCAAGUUUGUUAUUUAUAGUAGUUGGUUUAUCAGGUUAUUUGACUUUUGGUCAAGAUGUUGAUGGUAAUGUUAUCUUACUGUAUCCAAAUGGAAUCACCACUACCAUUGGUAGAUUUGCCAUUGUUUUCAUGGUUACAUUUUCCUUCCCAUUAAUGAUUCAUCCUGCCAGAAUUUCAGUUAAUAAUAUCUAUUAUUGGAUCAGAAUGAAUGUCUUAGAAAAAGAAGAACAAGUUGAUGAAAAUUCAGCUUUGUUAUUGAACCAAAACGAAUCUGUUGGUGAAGACACAGAACAAGGUAAAACUAGUUUAUCUCAUGUGGUCCCUUUCCCACACAUAAACUUUGUUAUUGUGACAACUGUUUUAUUGAUUGUUGGUUACAUAUUGGCAAUCGCUCUUAAAUCAUUUGCUUUGGUCUUGGCCGUUGUUGGCGCCACCGGUUCAACUGCGAUUUCUUUUAUUUUACCUGGUUUGUUUGGGUAUAAAUUGAUUGGAUCCGAACUGGAUGAUCCAUCUAUUUUAGAAGUUAUUUUCAAGAACUUAUCUUUGUGUUUGACCCUCUGGGGUGUGAUAGUGAUGUUUGUUUGCUUGUAUAGUAGUUUGGCUUUAUAG